AUGGGUUGGACGUCAGAGCUAUGCCGGAGAAUGCUACGCCAAGCAGAAGCAGGCAUUGCAUCAGGAGCAGGCGACGAGCUGCAGGAUUAUCUGGCAUCAGCAGGCUUGCUGGAGGACGUAGCCUCCCGUGUCAACCACGCGCUUGCCGCCCCUUCUGCUGCUUCCCCUGCUGCUGCCUCUCCUGGUUCUUCUACUGCCUCUGCUACUGAUCCACCGACUGGGGCUGUCUCGGGUGCCACGGAGUGGCUGGAGCUGCAGCAGCAAGCAAUAUCCCUGCAGCGCACGGUGGUGGACGACUUGAGCUUCGAGCUCCAGAGCCUGCUGCUGCGCUACAGGGGUGCUGCCUCUGUAGCUGCUACUGGUGAUGAUGGUGGUGGUGAUGCUGCUUUAGCUGCUGGAGAUGGUACUGAUGCUGGUGCACCUGGUGAUGGUGCUGUAGCAGCAGCAGCAGCAGCAGCAAGUGGUAGUUCUGGAAGUGGGAUUGGUGGGAAUGGUGCACCCAAGCACAUUGCUGCUGACGUGGAGCAUGGUGCCAACGUGGACAUGCUGAUGCCUGAGCUCCUUCCGGAUAACGCGCUGCGAUUGGCCGGGGAGAUCUGCAGCAGGAUGGUGGCAGCAGGGGGUGGCUCACAGCUUGUGGAGACGUACAGCAGCUUCCUGAAGCAGGCUGUGGAGUCUUUGAACAGCCACUUGGAUGGUGGGGCGGCGGAAGCAGCAGCAGUGGGCAGCAUGGGAUGGAGCGACCUGGAGCUCACCAGCAAGCAGUGGGCUCAGCACGUGUACCUGCUGGUGAGAGACAGGAGAGGAGAGGGGCACGUAUACUUGCUGGUGGGUGUGGUGUGGGGCAUGGAGCGGCAGUGCCUGGAGGACAUCCUCCCACCAUCCACCCCUGCCCACACCCCCCUCCUCCACACCCUCCUCUCCGCCCUCCUCAAUGACGGCCACGUCAUCUCCUCCCUGCACUCUCUCGCCCAAUCAGCUGCCGCCAUCUGUCGCCGCGGCCUGCCCCAGCAGCUGUUCUCGCUGCUGGAUAUGCUGCAGGCGCUGCAGGAGGUUAUGCCUGAGCUGCAGGAGGACCUUUGCAGCGUGGGCCUGCACUCAGAGUGGCGCUCGUUACAGUCACUCCCGCUCACCCUCUCCCUCGCCUCGCUACAGUCACUGCAGGCCAUGCACAGCUGCAUCGUUCGAGCCGGUAGCCUCACCACAUUAGACGGAAGUGCAGGGGGGGGAGGAGGGGAGAAAGGAGGAGAGAGAGGAGGAGGGAGAGGAGGGGAGGGGGGAGAGGGAGAGCGGGUUGGGGGGACUAGGGAUGGCAGGAAGAGUAAGUCAGCUAUGGCGUCAAGUGCUACACCCUACAGCCCGAGAGAAAGAGCUGCAGUAUCUAGCCCCAGGUUCGGUGCUACAGCCGCCAGCCCCAAGGCCAGGCCCAGCGUUGCAGUCCCUGGCAGCACCAGUCCACCGCAUGGUGCUACAGCCGCUAGCCCCCGUGUUGGCGGUGCUACAGCUUCCAGCCCAAGAUGGGGCGCUACAGGCGCUUUAGGUGCCACAGCCACCCAGGGUGCCACACCUGCUAGUCCAAGGUGGGGUGCUGCAGCUGCCCUGGGCGCUACAGCCGCGUUCGGUGCUACAGCAGCGGCUCUUGUGAGCCCGAGAGUGCGUGGGGCAGUCAGGGCGCUCACUCGCCGGGCCUCAGACGCGUCAGUGCUGGCCAAUAGCGACGCGCCAGGUGGCGGGAGCUCUGCAGCACCACCUGGAGGAGGCGUGGACCCGAUUACAAGCUACGUGUGUAACUUCAUACAAAGCUUCCUCUCCCCGUCAGGUCGUCGCAACUAUGCUGCUACCUUGGCAACUGCCUGUACCCUUAUCAACCGCAGCAGCCGCAUGCCUCCCUCCCCUUCCUCCUCCUCCCCCUCCCGCUCCUCCCAUCAACACACAUCAGCAGCAGAGGCAGCAGCAGAGGUAGCAACAGAGGCGGCAGCAGAGGCAGCAGCACGGAAGGCCUUACACGAGACAAGAGCAGCAGCAGUGGCAGGGGGAGGAGGAGGAGGAGGAGGAGGAGGAGGAGGAGGAGGAGGAGGAGGAGGAGGAGGAGGAGGAGGAGGAGGAGGAGGAGGAGGAGGAGGAGGAGAGAGAGGGAAGGGGACAGGUGGUCGGAAAACCCCUCCCAGGCUGAGUCUAGAUAGCAAUACAGCAGGAGAGAGAGGAGGAGGAGGGGUGUUUGAGGGCAUGCUGGGGGGAGGGAGUGAGAGAGUGAGUGUGGAGCUGCUCGUGGGUGUGCUGGUUGUCUCGCUGAGGGAGUAUUUGGAUAAGAGAGCAGCUUAUAUUGAGGAUGCAGCCAUGAGAGAGCUAUACCAGAUGAACAAUCUACACUACCUUAUGCAGUCCAUGAACUCGUGGGGAGGGUGGAGGCAAGGGGGGCUCCAACAGGCUUUUGCUGAUGCCAAGGGGAACGGCAGGUUGGAGCUGGCUCUAGCCCUGUCCACGUUCAUCGAUGGGAGUACCCUUCAGAAGCACGUGGCUGCCUUCCAGACCUGCGCUCUCAGCAAGGUAGUAGCAGCCAUGUCAGACCGCCCUCGGCCCCUUGACUUUGUCCCGGAGUGCACCAAGCCUGCAUCGUCCCUCUGGCCUUUCUCCCACUCAGACGGGGGCGACCACGAGGUGCUGGCUAUGAGCGAGCUGCUCAGGCUGAGGGCGUUCAACAGGGCGAUGGAGGAGCUGGUGGAGGCACAGAAGCGGUGGGCCAUCCCAGAUGCUGCACUGCGACUGCGCGUCUGCACCGCAUGGGCUGCUUGCCUCAAGGACCGAUACCGCAAGCUGCUGCAGCCUCGCUGGUAUGUGCUGCUGACAAGGUGUUAA